GGGGGUAGAGUUUCGUUUCGCCAGGAAGUAAAAACACAUACAACUCAGCUAUACACUGUGGCGCUUUGGGGCUGCGUGCGUUUCGCCAGACGCGGGCAUGGGCAUCAUUUUGGUGCGAUGUGCAGCCGCAGACCUGGCAGUUCAAUGCGUCUGCUGGGCUGUAGCUGCAGCUUUUGAAACGGAGAAGUUCUACGAUUUAGCAGGUUGUGUGUUUACAGGCUCUGGAACGUUCAUACUCCUGGUCCACCUGAGUCACACAUGGGGUGGAACGCGGCACGUGCGCCAAAGCGUUCAGACUGGCCUUGUGACCGCGUGGGGGUUACGAUUGGGCACUUUCCUUUUCAUGCGCAUAUUGAAUGAGGGCCGAGAUCGCCGGUUUGACGACGUCAGAAACAACCCAGGAACCUUUCUCAUAUACUGGACCAUGCAAGCUCUGUGGAUUUUUGUGACACUCCUACCCACCCUGGUUCUCAAUGGCGAGCGUCAUGACAAACCCCUGGGCGCACAGGACUACGUCGGCUGGGGGAUGUGGGGCGUUGGGUUUGUCAUAGAAGCAGUUGCUGAUCAGCAGAAAUGGAAUUUCAGGAACAACACUGACAAUAAAGGAAAGUUCAUCCAGAGCGGCCUGUGGGCAUACAGCCGGCACCCAAACUAUCUGGGCGAGAUUCUGCAGUGGUCGGGGCUCUUCGUGUCUGCCGCCUCUGUGAUGCGGGGGCCCCAGUACCUCAGUGUGAUAUCUCCUCUUUUCGUCUGGUUCCUUUUGCGGCAUGUUAGCGGCAUCCCCAUCCUGGAGAAGCAGGCAUUGUCAAAAUGGGGCUCUGAACCAGCCUUUCAGAACUACAUCAAGAAUACUCCUCUUCUGUGGCCUUAUGCCAAGCUCUGGUGAUGAUUACGAAUCUGGUCAAGGUUAAUUCUGGACAUUUCCCCCCCAAUUAAGAGUACUUUAAAUAAAGAUUAACAUUUCAUCUUUGCACAUCA